GGCGCCCUGCAGGCGUGAGGGUGCCGCUGCUCCCGGGGGGUCCGAGCAGCCCCCCGUGGCCACACGGCUGCAGCUGGAGGAUCGCGGCGGGGCGGUGGGGGUGUCCGCAGAUGCCCGCCGGACCAUGCGAGGAAGAGCCCUUUCGGUGUUGGAGCGUCAGUUCUUACGGCUUAUUUCCCAACUCCUCACUUGAAACACUGACCCGGUGGGAACUACGGGACUUUGGAGGCUGCUAUUUCUCCUUCCUCAGCCCCUAAAGAAUUGGACUGGAUUGCAACUGCAGAGGCAAUAACAACUGAACCUUUAAAGAUGCAUACGGGGCUGCACAAAGAGAAGAGAGAAAUUGGAGAAACCAAUGAAGUGAGGAAAAAGUUUAACAGGGAAAACCUGCUUUCUGCCAACCACUGAAGAAGCAGCCCUCGGAAGCUGUUCCUUUGGGCCUCAUGGAGCAGCUGGAAGCCGUGCUGUGAGACCCCCGGCAGGAGGAGCUGUCACCCACUCAUCACUCAGCACGACGGUCGUCAUGGCCAGCAAGAGGAAGUCCACCACCCCGUGCAUGAUCCCCGUGAAGACUGUGGUGCUGCCUGGCUCCAGCGCCGAGGCUCCACCUGCUGAGCCCGGGCCCGAGGGGCACCCCCAGGAGCCGCCCCCAGAAGUGCCCGCCACCAGCACCGAGGCCACCCAGAGCGCCAGUGGUCCUGACGUCCCCUCGCUGGCCAACGGGCACCGGAGCACCUUGGAUGGCUACGCGUUUGCCUGUAAAUACUGUGACUUCAGAUCCCAGGACAUAACCCAGUUUGUGGGACAUCUGAGCUCAGAGCACACAGACUUUAACAAAGACCCAAGCUUUGUAUGCACUGAAUGCAGCUUUCUGGCAAAAACUCCCGAGGGGCUUUCUCUGCACAAUGCCAAGUGUCACUCGGGGGAAGCCAGCUUUGUGUGGAACGUGGCCAAGCCAGACAAUCACGUGGUCGUGGAGCAGAGUGUCCCUGAGGGCGCCAGCCCUCCCGACCCGUCGGGGGAGCCAAACGUGGAGGGGAUGGAUGGACAGGCAGAAAUCAUCAUCACCAAGACUCCAAUCAUGAAGAUAAUGAAAGGCAAAGCCGAGGCCAAAAAGAUCCACACGCUCAAGGAGAACGUGCCCAACCAGCCCACCGGGGAGGCCUUACCAAACCCUCCAGCUGGGGACACAGAGGUAAAAGAGGGGGACCAUGCCUUUGUCAACGGGGUGGCCCCCGCCAGCCAGGCCUCAACCAACCCCACAAAGCCCCCCCACUCGGCCAACGGGCCCCUGCUGGGUACGGUGCCGGUGCUGCCUGCGGGCAUCGCCCAGCUCCUCUCCCUGCAGCAGCCGCCCCCACAGGCCCAGCAGCCCCUGCCCACCGCCAGGUCCCUCCCCAAAGUGAUGAUCCCGCUGAGCAGCAUUCCCACCUACAAUGCGGCCAUGGACUCCAACAGCUUUCUGAAGAACUCCUUCCACAAGUUCCCCUACCCGACCAAAGCCGAGCUCUGCUAUUUGACUGUGGUCACCAAGUACCCGGAGGAACAGCUCAAGAUCUGGUUCACUGCCCAGAGGCUGAAGCAGGGCAUCAGCUGGUCCCCGGAGGAGAUUGAGGACGCCCGGAAAAAGAUGUUCAACACCGUCAUCCAGUCGGUGCCCCAGCCCACCAUCACAGUCCUCAACACGCCCCUGGUUGCCAGCAGCGGCAGCGUCCAGCACCUCAUCCAGGCCGCUCUGCCUGGGCACGUGGUGGGGCAGCCGGAGGGUGCGGCGGGGGGACUUCUGGUCACUCAGCCUCUGAUGGCCAACGGGCUGCAGGCCCCCAGCUCCUCUCUCCCCCUGGCAGUUACCUCUGUCCCCAAGCCGCCCGCUGUCGCGCCCAUUAACACCGUGUGUUCAAAUACGACGUCGGCCGUGAAGGUGGUGAAUGCCGCCCAGUCCCUCCUCACGGCCUGCCCCAGCAUCACCUCCCAAGCCUUCCUCGAUGCCAGCAUCUACAAAAACAAGAAGUCUCAUGAACAGCUGUCAGCUCUGAAAGGGAGCUUCUGUCGGAACCAGUUCCCAGGGCAGAGCGAAGUGGAGCAUCUGACCAAAGUGACGGGUCUCAGCACCCGGGAGGUGCGCAAGUGGUUCAGCGACCGCAGGUACCACUGCCGGAACCUCAAGGGCUCCAGGGCCGGGCUGCCUGGAGAGCACAGCGCCCUGCUCGUCGACCCUGUGCCCGAGGCGCCCUUCUCCCCGUCAUGCAAGGCCCCCGAGGUGACCUGCCUCCCCACGGCGGCCACCCUGGCCACCCCCUCUUCUGCCAAGCGACAGUCCUGGCACCAGACCCCCGACUUCACACCAACCAAAUACAAGGAGCGGGCCCCCGAGCAGCUCAGAGCCCUGGAGAGCAGUUUUGCACAAAACCCCCUUCCCCUGGAUGAGGAGCUGGACCGCCUGAGGACCGAGACCAAAAUGACCCGCAGGGAGAUUGACGGCUGGUUUUCAGAGAGACGGAAAAAAGUGAGUGCCGAGGAGGCCAAGAAGGCCGAGGAGGGGGCUUCUCCAGGGGAGGAGGAGGCCGCUGAGGACGAGGGGGAGGAGGGCUUGGCCGGGGAAAACGGCUCCCCAGAAGCGCCCGGCGGCCACAUGCUGGCCGAACGCAAAGUCAGCCCCAUCAAAAUCAACCUCAAGAACCUGCGGGUGACAGAGGCCAACGGCAGGGGCGAGCUCGUGGGGCUGGGCGCCUGCGAGCCUGAGGACGAGGCACCCGGCAAGCCGGUGGAGCAGCCGCCGGGCAAGGCAGGCUACAAGAAGACGGCCCAGCAGCGGCACCUGCUGCGGCAGCUCUUCGUGCAGACGCAGUGGCCCAGCACGCAGGACUACGACUCCAUCAUGGCGCAGACGGGCCUGCCGCGGCCCGAGGUGGUGCGCUGGUUUGGGGACAGCCGGUACGCCCUGAAGAACGGCCAGCUCAAGUGGUACGAAGACUACAAGAGGGGCAACUUCCCUCCCGGGCUGCUAGUCAUCGCGCCCGGCAGCCGGGAGCUGCUGCAGGACUACUACUCGACUCACAAGAUGCUGAACGAGCAGGACCUGCAGAGCCUCUGCGACAAGACCCAGAUGAGCGCCCAGCAGGUCAAGCAGUGGUUUGCCGAGAAGAUGGGCGAGGAGACCCGGGCUGUGGCCGACGCGGGCAGCGAGGGCCAGGGCCCCUACGCCGGCGGCCCUGCAGCCCUUCACAGAGGGCUGGGUGACGUCUAUGUGGAGGUGUCGGAAAACAGCGAGUCAUGGGAGCCCAGCGCCCCGGAGGCCAGCGCAGAGCCCUUUGACACGCAGAGUCCCCAGGCCGGACCUCAGCUGGAAACAGACUGAAGAGGAACUGAUGGCUGUGAAGGACCGGCCAGCCUUGGGAGGCUGCCGCCGCUUGGAAGGGCCCAGUCCCUCUCUGCUGCCACAGGCCGAGGCCACACCAGCCCCCAGCCCGCACAGGCCUCCACGCGGCCAAGCCCGCCACCGCCCACGAGCAGGGAGACGCGUCUGCCAGUUCUGCCCACAAUGUAGGACCUCUCCUUUGCCUUCCAGUGAAUAAAUAGUUCAGGUUUCAUAUUCAUAGACACAGAAUCAAGUUUUUAACAUAUAAAUCUGCCUAUACACGUUUAAUAAAAUGUCAGAUUGCAGAAACUUUUAUUACAUAGAAACUCUGGUUAGCAGUCCAUGGUCUUUUACAUCAUCUCUGGAAAUGCCCUGUGUCUGUUCUCUGAAGAUUGCUGGGCCAUGCAUGCCUACACCUUCCACGGUCGGGCUGGGGUCACCACACCUGCAACCGCGGGCCUCCUUUGCGGUACUGGAGGAAGGCAGCGCCUUUGAAGAGACCUUGGCCCCUUCAGCAGUGACUGGUAAACCACACAGCGGGCUCGCCUUGCCUCCUGGGACGAUCACUGCGGAACCCGUGUUCCCGGCGGUUUAAAAAACAGAGUGGUAUGUGGUUAGUGUCUGAUGCUCACUCUCGUAAGCUGUUACAGCAGUUCUCCUUUUUCAUAGAGUUUGAAUCAUGGACCAUAACUCUUCAGUGAUGAGAUCGACUAAAGAAACACCUGUCAAGCCUAAUGUCCUGACCUACGUGCCGCUUUUCUUUUUUUCAGUCUAGACAUGUUUAGAGAGGAAAACUGACAAGAGAAACAGGGAUGGGAGAUGGGAGUGAAGGCCACAACUGCUGGGGGCUUCCACAGCCCUCUGUCAACACACUUCACAGCUGCCUCCAAUUUGGGAAGGAAGACCCAGGCUCAAACUGUCAGAGCAAGAACUGACGGGGCUCAGGGGCCUCUCGGAACUGUCAGAGCCAGGGUGGUCCUCAGCAAAGACCUGCGUGUGGGGUUCCCGACAAAGUCCAAGUCCUCCUGGCCCCACACCUGGGGCCUGGCUGGCAUGGUGGACAUUGCUGGACAGGUCCUUGUGAGAAGGUUUUUAAAGUUCUGUAUUUAUAUCCCCAAACUUGGAAACACGAUCUCUGUGUUAGCUGAAGCAUCAUAUCUGCUUUUUUAAUUGAGAAAAAUCACAGGAACGGGGGCCUUGGUAACACUGGGAAACUUGCUUACAAAGCUGUGCGCAGCAGUAAAGCCCCGUCUCCCCAAGACCGGCCCUGCGAGCAGCAGGUAAAGAGUGAAGCUCCCAGGAACCCCCUGCUGCCCAGAACACCUGGGCGCUCCUCCUGGGCCUGGGCCGGUGGGCAGCAUCAGGAGACCCAGAGGGAGGGCAGGGGCUGUGGUGAGAAGCAUUAGGGGUGGGGUAGCCACGGCCCUCCUCCCCACCCGCCCCGCAGAACCAGACCAGGCGGCACCGCGCAGGCCUGGCUCCCAGCGUGGAGGUGGCGGCUGCCCCUCCUGCCUCCGGGGAGGCCUUUCUGAGGAAACCAAAAGCCCCGGAGCCACUGUUCCUCCCACGUCUUUUCCCGCUCGCCCGGUCCCGUGAGGGACCGCCUCCCCAUUGUCUCGAACAGGCGCCAUGUGAGCACUUGGCACGCUCUGCAGCCUGCUUUUGUCUCCUUUCCAUGUUGGGUGUGAAGCUCCUUAGCCCCAGAGCCUCUCUGGAGAGCUGCCAACAAUGGCGAGUGGUUGCCUCCUUUCAGAGAACAGACGCCUGCAGCGUUUCCCGUAGUGUUUAUGCACAUGCAGAUUAAUUUUUAUAUAUCCAUAUGCAGUAGAUACUCAGUUGAUGCUUUACUGGUGACGUGUACCCCUGACGUGUACACUCGAGAACGUGGUGGCACGCGGGAGCUGGGGGUGGGGCUCGGCCGCAGGGCGAAGCUGCCUCCGAUGGCGUCACUCCCAGAGCCCUGCGGGCCCCAGCCGAGGGCUGUCUCUUCAGAGAGGGUUUUCUUGUGUGUGUUUUUUUUUUUUGUAUUCACAUGUCAUUUACAACCCAAACAGCAAAGCAGAGAAAACAAAUUACAAGGUGGACAAAUUCAUGCAGGACACAGUGACCCCGCGGGCCUCAGCACCAGCUGGUCCUUAAAAGGUGGGCAAGUCACAGUGCUGCCUGUGGGCAGCUCUUCUCACAGACACUGGUCCUGCCCGACAGCCAGGACAUGCCCUGCCCCCUGCAAAUGGCGAGACCACCCAGGCUGGCCAGACCCUCCUUCCUGUGCUCUUGGAUCUGAGUGACUUAGGGGGGCUCGGGCUGCAUGCUUGAAGGAGACAGAUGUGGUUGGGUCAUUGAAUGGGUGUCUAAAGAUACCCAGGGCCAUGGGGGCAAAAGCAGGAACACAGCCAAUGGGGCAGAGACUCACCCGUGGCAGCCAGAGCCGGGAUGCAGUGGGAGGACCCUGUGGCCAGGCGGGUCACUGCGGGUCUGCACCCCAGCUGAGGGUUAGACUGUGAUGUCGCCUCUGGUAGCAGGCAGUCUGUGGGCUGCAAAGUUGAGGGAAGUAGGGUGGGGCUAAUUUCUCCUGAAGAAAAAGCCUGUUUUUGUAAGGUGACUAAUCUCUCCCCUCCUCUGUACGUACUUGACUCGUCAGAGAUGGUGAACCAUGUCAGUGUUUGUUGUUGCCUGUCUGUACAUGUUUGGUUUAUUGUAUUUUUUACACGGGGUUGUGAUCCAGUUUGAAUAGGUGAGACCAGAUCACCAUUCUGAUACAGGAAACCUGAAUUUAUGCUACAUAUACUUUCAUACUUUGAUUACGUAUUUUAAUUCUUGACUAUUGAGGAGCUUUUUGAUUUGGAAAGUGGGCUCUCUCUGUCGGGAGCCCUGGGGUCCUGAAGUGGAAAGCUAGGCUGGGGGACUCGCGGCACCUGGGGAGGGUGGCCCUGUGUGACUCAAGCUCCUUUCAAGGCUGAGUGCCCACCCCUGCUGUCGGGAGCACGGGUGGGAGGUGGGCGAGGGUAGGUGGCACCUGUAGGCACUCACGGGCCCGGGAGGCCUUCCCACCUGAAGUCCCGAGUGUUCUCCGGGCCGAGACGCAGAGGCCGUGGGCUCUGUCCGGCUCGGUCUGCGGUCCCCUGGCAGGGCCUGUGUCCCCUCCGUGUGCCAGGCUGCCUGCUGCAGAGGCAUAGCAUCGGCCGUUCUGUGCACAUCUCUGCUGACAGCUCCCUGCUCCUGCUGCCUCUUACCUUCCUGUCGUCUUCUCGGACCAAAAUCCUCCAGCUGGAGUGGCUUUGUCCAUUCAAAGAUUGCAGCCCAAGUGGAUAAAGGCACUUUGCAAGAGAGAAGAGCCAGCCAAAUAAAAAAUCAUAAAACCUGGAGUUUUGGCUCCUCCUAAAGCUCCUUCCCCCCUUUUCUAUGCUUACACUCUCCCGGGGGCGGGGUGCUGGUCUGACUCACCUUCUGAGAAAAGGCCUCUGGACGCGAAGAGCUUGGCACGGGCAGCCCUUGCAGGCCGAAGUCAGCAGCUGCCCUGGUCAGGAGAGUCACGGGCUGUGUCCUCUUCUCAGCCACUAGUCCCCCCUCCAGUCCUCCUGCACCCGCUGCCUUCUCUCCUUUCCCUGGAGCACAGACCCUCCCCGCCUGCCCACCCAGGCCUGGGGGCUGGAGGGCAUCUGCGUGCACAGAAGCGCCAACACCAGAAAACGUGGGGCGAGUGGGGCCCCCUCUCUCAACAGUCCCCUCCCCGAGCAGGGCUUCACUCUGGGGUCCCCACCGUGCUGUGUCCCGGCUCCAUUCAUAACAGCCGGGCCAGGUGACACGGGCUGGGUGGCUGCAGGCAACCUCGCAACAGAUGGAACGGAUGCAGAGUGGAGGGGGAAGUGGUGAUCUGGAGUGCGGAGCCUGCGCCCGGCCCUAGGUCUAGGUGAACCCGCAGGCCUCGGCUGCGGUUCGUUUCUGCUGGAAUCUGUGUUCUCAGCUCUGGUCGCACUUGGGGGCAGGAGGUGAGGGUGGACGCAGCUCCCCCUCAGGGCUGACCCGGCCUCUGGGUGGGAGGAGCAGCAGGCGGAGCGCUUGCCUGGAGAGCAUGGGCCGCCUGCUCUUUGGUUCUUCAGUUGAAGAACCUGUGACUGGCGUGCAAACCUGGCCGCCUCUGCACGGAGGCCCUGGCCUGCACCUGGAGCCCGACAGUGGGAGCGCGCGUGGGGCAGAGAGCAGAGCGGGUGGGCGCCAGGCGCCGCGGCUGUGCGGAUGAGGGUGGGGCUGGCUCCCACUCCUCCAUGUGCUGAAGUCCCACUGGGUUUGCAGGACGCGAGGAGUCGGGGCAGUUCCUGCCCUGCUGUCCUCGGCCCCCGCUUUCACAGUCCAAGCCCCUCUGGCUGUGUCUCCUACUGUCCUUUCGGGGCAGGCAGGGACCUGCGGGGAGUCUGGGCAUUUACCUGGAGAGCGCAUCUUCCUCCAGGAGUCCAGCUCUGCCCCCUGGGGGGGUGAGGCCCGUCUCUCAGCUGCGGCUAAUUUACAACGUCUGUUCCUCCCCUUGGUGAGGGGACGGUCUGAAGGCCCCCAUCUGGCUGGAGCGGGAGGUGGACCGUCCAGGAGUCACGGAGGACAGGAAGCUGCAGGCCCACGGUCCGUUCCUUCCCGGUCAGGACUCUGAGGGCGCCUGCUCGUCCUGCGAUUCAUGUUCGGGGAUACCGUCACUCACCCUGGGUCCUGCCCCGCCAGGCCUCCCGGCCGGGUCGCUGCCCAUGGCCUAGAGAGCCGGUGGCCCCUUGGGUGGAUACGGCCUGGUCGCAGGCCGCAGGGUGAUGCUGAGGGGAGAGGGGGUCGCCCCCACUCCCCAGCAUCGCUUCGUGCAGUGUCCGGGGGCCGGGCUCUGCCAUCGUUGCUGUUGGGGAGCGGCCCCCCACCCCCGUCUGCGCGGUUGACUGAAAGUGUACUGAGCACAGUCUCUGCGCCAGGCCGGAGGUUGCCAGAGGCGGGCAGGUUCCGUCUGCCUCCCUGGUGGCUGGUCUUCAGCACAGACCUUUUGUUCUCCAAGGGCGGGCGAGGGUGACUGCGGGAGGAAGGCGGGAGGGCAGGGGCAGCUGGCUGGAGGAGUGCUUCCUGCCCGGAGCCACCGAAGAAGCCAUCGUCUUGGUGCUAAGAGGCCACUUCCCGUUCUGUCUGUCCGGGGGCCACCUCCUCCGGCGAGGGAGGUACAGGCACACGCGGGCUGUCACCAGGCGUGGUGGAAGCAGAGUCCUCACCCCAGGAAGGUGCUUUUAACAGAAAGUUGGAACUUGCCUUUGGACGGUGGCUGUGCCGGGCCAGGAGGAGGGGGCUGCCCUCUGGGCUGAGUCUCCAGGCCUCACGAGGUCCCCUGUGGGGAUGCUGCUAUUUCUAAGAUGCAAAUUGCACAUUUCCUAGAUUUUGUAUCUGUGGAUUUGGAUAAGGGAGGGGAACAGGGCCAAACUGCUUGUACAAUUUGAAAUGGGCCGAAAUGGUACUUUAAAUCUUUUAAUUGCUCCUAAAUAAAAAUGUAAAUACA